CGAUCCUGCCAAUUCGUGAUAAAAUUCCUUUGAAUCACUGGCCGAUUACGUCAUACAACUACUGGAAUAUCUCUAGCUCAAAGAAACGAGAGCAACUCCUUGCCUCAGACUUUCGACGACUGUCGAUCCUAGGGUUCCUAGGAUUUUUAGCUGCUCUUACAUUUAUAUGGUUUUUUCAGUCUUUUUUCCAUUUCUCUUCUCUGACCUUUGAUAAUUUAUUACAUUCAAAUAUUUGUUGGAGUUCACUUAUGGAUUACAUUCAAGAAUGGUUAAUUUGAUGUUUUAAACAAUUCAGGUUAUAUUUGACAAGCAAUUUGGAAGAAGCAGAGGAUUUGAGUUUCUGACAACUCAGAUCGAUACAAGUACUGGAAUUUCUCUAGCUCAAAGAAACGAGAGCAACUCCUUGCCUCAAACUUUCAGCCACCGUCUAUUUGACGAAGAAGCAGAGAAGCUUUACCUUCGAAACAACAGAUAUUGAAGCUUUAUGCUCUCCUUUAUACAUGUGUAUUUUAGGUUUGAAUUUGGAGAUAAGGGUUGGAGAUGGUCUAAAAGUUGAAAAUGGGGUUCCUUCUCUUCUUUGUUUAUUCAUCGAUACCAAGAUGAUAAGCUGUUAUUCCACAACUUACAACAAGAGCCGUCAAGAACAACAAAUCUCUCAUUGAUGAGAGUGAAGAAAGAGGUGGUAUAGAGGUUGAGGAUGAUUUCAAAGAUUCAAAAUCAAGAAACGUCAUCAUUAAUAAAAUACAAACGGUAUUCUAUGGAGUGAAGCCUAAUGAAAAGAUCAAGUUUGUGUGUGGCAUUCAAAAGGCUCAACACGUUAUAUUUGCUAAUUGGGUGUGUGUUUCCUUAGCAUCCUCACAAGUUGGAGUUGCUAUUGCUCGUGGGGUUAGAGCUGCAAGUGUUGUGUCUUAUAUUGUUCUAAUGCAGAACUAGCUUUCUCAGGUAUUCUAUGGAGUGAAGCCUAAUGAAAAGAUCAAGUUUGUGUGUGGCAUUCAAAAGGCUCAACACGUUAUAUUUGCUAAUUGGGUGUGUGUUUCUUUAGCAUCCUCACAAGUUGGAGUUGCUAUUGCUCGUGGGGUUAGAGCUGCAAGUGUUGUGUCUUCUAUUGUUCUAAUGCAGAACUAGCUUUCUCAGGAAAGUGGACAAAUAUUGUGGAACGGCCCAAAAAGGAAUACUGGAAGAAUACUGAGGGACGGAGGGAGUACUAUUUUAUGCCUAGUACAUUUCAUCUUGUGAAAGAGACAUCAGCUCUAUUGACAAUGUGUAAUGUUUACAAGGUAAUAGAGUUGCAGCUUCCUUCAUUUUUCAAUAAUUUUGAUCCAAGUGUGGCUGCUGCCCUUUUUCCUUCAAGCGUGCAAGCGUAUUUGGCCGGCCUUACAUUUGCCUUAGCUGCAUCACCUUGUAGUACGCCUGUACUGGCCACCCUACUUGGAUAUGUUGCUGCAUCCAAGGAUCCAGUUGUAGGAGGCAGCUUACUGCUGACAUAUACGACCGGCUAUGUUGCUCCCUUACUUCUUGCUGCUUCCUUCGCUGGAGCAUUGCAGAGUCUGCUCUCAAUCCGCAAAUUCUCCGCAUGGAUUAAUCCAAUCAGUGGUGCACUACUAUUUGGCGGCGGUGUAUUUACUCUUUUGGAUAAGCUUUUUCCUGUUACAAUGACAAUGUAGAUUGGGGCAUUCAGGUUGAUCACCCAAUGGUGUGUCCCCAGGGGAAUGUUAAAACACGAUUUUAUGUUUCCAAACGGAUGAAGAUGGGAAUUGAUAAAUGCACUCCAUUAUUGUUAAAUGCACUCCACUAUUUUGUAUUUUUGUUCGAGUAGACAUAUUUGACCCUUGUGUGAAUUGAUUUUUUUUUUGGUACAACGUAUGUCUUUUUAAUUAAUUUUGAUUCAACCU